AUGUAUGCCUCUCAACAGCCUGCCACCUACGCCUACCCACCUGGCGUGACGCUGGGCCCCUCAGGCUCUCCUGUCCAACAAGCUUUCGGCCCAGCCCCUGUCAAUCUGGGCUCCAACAAUCCCUUCCGGAAUCGUGCUCUGUCGCCUUCCGCCAGCUCUUUCGCAUCCGCCAGUGGUCAAUCUGAACGCCGAGUCUCUACGAAUCCCUUUGACGACGACACCCUGUCGCCGCAGUCCGCCCCCGUGAUAGGGUCAACCAUGGUCUCCCCGGUCGAGAGACAGGACAUGACGUCGAACACACGUGAACUCUUUGAGAACCUUUCCGUAAACCCUGCUCCCCAGAACACUGGUUACAGACAAGCUCCGCCGCGCCCGGACAAGCCCGCGCCCAACGGAUACCCGACGAACCGCGGACCUCCGCCCAGGGAACGCCCCGAACGUCGCGACAAAGAUACCUUGGACAUCUUUGCCGACCCCCCGAAGACGAGCAGUGGCGGACGAUCGGGCUACAGAGAGCGGAGGCCUCGUCGCAACUCAGAGUCUUCGAUCAUGGAACGAACCCCCAAGCUUGUGGAUACCGAGGACGAGAGACGCCGUCGUGAGCGACGACGCCGGGAGCGGGAGGCUCGCCAUAGAGAUGGAAAGGACGGCAAGGAGUCGAAGGAUGGGAAGCCUCGUUCAUCCAAAAAGUCCAACUACCACAUGGACAUUAUCGAUAAACUGGACGUCACCAGUAUCUAUGGCACUGGAAUGUUCCAUCACGAUGGGCCGUUCGAUGCCUGCAAUCCUAACCGUAAUCGCAAGGGCUUGCGUACGGCGCCCAUGCAGGCGUUCCCCAAGGACUCUGCCAAUAUGGCCCUUGGAGGCGCAGGGCCAAACAAUUCCAACAUUGAUCUGAACCUGUUCCACGGAACCAUGGAUGAAGGCUACAAUGACUAUUCUACCAGCGCCGCCGUUGACCCCCGUAACAACAAGAGCGACACUGCGAACUUUGAUCCCACCACUCGCAUCGAACCUGUUCAUGGAGCGGAGAGCAUGGGUCUGGGAACUAGCACAUUUCUGGAUGGUGCCCCCGCUAGCCGGGCAGACAUUCAGCGCCGUGGAAGCGGGAACGAGAACGGUGGAGCUGGUCCCAGCGGAGGAGGCUUGCAGCGCAAGAAGAGUUUGGCCCAAAGACUCCGGGGCAUGAACAAGCCCUCGAAUCCCCGAGUGGUCUCUCCCGAGUCCUCCUACACCCCAGGUGUGCCGACUGGCUCUAGUCACAUAGGAACCAUCCGCGCCAACGAGAAGAACCCCUUCUUCCAGGAUUAUGACGAUGCUUGGGACAAGAAGGGGGCCCAAAUUAAUAUGUCCGAGGAAUCACGUGGCACCACAGGUACACGAGCCCGCUCUUCCAGCAGCCCCAAGCAGAAUACCGGUUUGGAGCGGAGGUUCACCAACGAACGUUCCAACACCGGCUUCGAUGAGGGCAAGCCCAGUGGUGGUGGCGGCGGAUUCAUCAACCGCAUGAAGAGUUUGAGAAAGCCCCGGCCUGAGCGGCGCAUCAGCAACGACUGA